UUUCUGCUUCAGGUCAAUGACAGAGUUGGACCAAUGCUAGAUAGAAAAGACAGACAGAUGCUGGUUCAACAAAGGUCUGAAAUAUUAUUUCUUAUUAUUUAUGUCUGCACAACAAUAACAAAAGUAAUCUCAACUCAGUAACCUCAGUCUCCUGAACAAACACACUCUCGGAAACACACAAAGACAGCAAAGGAGGAAUCCCGUCUGUCCCUCCUUUAAAAUGGAGCAGCCACCCAGUGCGUCAGUAAACUGAUUACCCCAGCUGUCAGUCUGAAUAAGGCCAGGCUUUGGGAUCCUCCCGUCCCCUCUGAUCCUCACCAUGGGACAGAGCCGGUCCUCCUGAAGAGUCUGAGAACAAUCUCAGAACAGGAUGGACACAAACACACGAAGCAGGGAAGGAACCAUGGCUAAAUAAAUCAGCAGGUAAGAGGAUGCAGCGGCUUUUUUGAUGUCUUACUCUGAGACUUUGUGUUGGGCUGAUUUCAGCUGAUUGAGUCAGGCAUCAGGCUAUAUCUUAAAGCACUACAGAUUUAAUGUAUCCACGUGUUUCUGAGUCGUAUACACAGUGGUGUGUCUGAUGUAGAUGCUCAUAGUUUUGUGUAUACAUGCUUCUUGCUUCAUCUAAUCCUGGUUUCUUAUUUCAGAUUCUACUGGGAAUAUUGCCUUCCAGGAAUUGCAUGACCACAUAAGAUACAUGAACUAAUGAGAAAAGUAACUGUAGGAGUAUCAAAAGAAAAGUCACAGCCGAGAGGAUAAAGGAGGGGUACUCUGAGGCAGCUAGUCACUAAGGGGAGGGCAACAGGAUACAACUAGUGGGUGGACCUUGAUGCUUGUUUCUGUGCACAAGUCUCUCACUUAUAUGCUCCCUUUCCCUCCAAACAAUAGCAUGAGUUUGAGUCAUUUGGAGUGCAGGCAGAUUUCCCCAGUCUACAGUAGUUAUAUUUCACUGUUCUGUUUCUUUCAGCACUACCAUUGACUGGCUUUCCACCACCAGAAGUUUUAAAGCUCCGCAAAGACCUUGAAUCACUCUCCGGACUGCCUAAACAAGUCAGAGUACUGCAGGAAACUGAGGACCCUGAGCUGCUCUUGGCAGCUCCAAAACAAUGGCACAGUGCACGCCGGAUGCCAGCCCCGCCAAGGGGAUCCAGAAUCCAAAUGCUGACAUCAAGGACUCAAGUGAAGUUUCAACCGAGUCUUCAUCAGCUGCGACAGGCAGAGUCAGACCUGCAGACCUGGGGCUCAUUCGAAGCUUGUCCAAGUCAGACUCUGACUUGUUGGCGUCACCACUUGGAGAAGAGGAUGGAGGUCUGGCUGGCCGCAGUGGGUCGGUGUCUAACUGCAGCUCUGGGCAGCCAUCCAUGGAGCGCAUGCCUUCCUUUGCUUCUGAGUGGGAUGAGAUUGAGAAGAUCAUGAGCUUGAUUGGAGCAGGCUUUGAAACAUCCAAAAACAAACAGCCCACACCAAGCUCAGAUGGGGCCUGUGGUAAAGCCCUGGAUCAGCCGGUGGGAGAGUGGCUGGAGCACGUGGGGCUGCCGCAGUACGAGAGCAAGUUCCUGCUCAAUGGCUUCGACGACCUACGAUUCAUGGGAAGUAACGUGAUGGAGGACCAGGACCUCAGAGACAUUGGGAUCACUGACCCAGGACACAGAAAGAAGAUCCUCCAUGCAGCACGCAGCUUGCCAAAGGUAAAAGCACUGGGCUGUGAUGGCAGCACAUCUCUCUCCUCUUGGCUGGAUGGCCUCGGUCUGCAUGAAUAUCUACCCAACUUCCUUUCAAGUGGCUACCGCACCCUGGAGUGUGUUAAGAACCUGUGGGAGCUGGAGAUCGUCAAUGUUAUUAAGAUUGGUCCCCUGGGCCACAGAAAGAGGAUCAUUGCUUCUCUAGCAGAGAGACCCUAUGAAGAGGCUCCAACUAAGUCCCGUCGUCUGUCCCCAAUUAUGUUUCAUGACCUCCUGUCCCAGACCACGUCUCCCCUCAGUCAGAUGGACCCCUACACCAGUCGCUCCAUGGACAUGCUCCUGCCCCUGACUGAGUCAGACCGGAGGCGGAGAGGAGUCGACCAAGACUGUAGUGUAUCUCUGCGGUCUUAUAGUGAGAGGCCGCGCUCUGUAGACAGACAGAGUGAGCGACACAAAGAGUCUCGUUUAAACCUCCGGCCACCGAGCCACUCUGCUACCUACGCCACAGUGUCCGCCUGGCAUCACCAGCCUGAGAAACUCAUCCUGGACUCCUGCGGGUACGAGGCAACUUACCUAGGAUCAAUGAUAAUCAGGGAUCUACGAGGGAUCGAGUCCACACAAGAUGCCUGCGCUAAAAUUAGGAAAUCAAAGGAUUCGAGAAAGGGUCCAGUUGUCAUACUGUCCAUUACCUACAGAGGGGUCAAGUUCAUUGAUGCAGCCACGAAGACUAUAGUUGCGGAGCAUGAGAUCAGAAACAUCUCAUGUGCUGCCCAAGACCCAGAUGACCUCUGCACUUUUGCUUACAUUACCAAGGAUCUGAAGAGUGGCCACCACUUCUGUCAUGUCUUCAGCACUGUGGAAGUGACACAGACCUACGAGAUCAUCCUAACACUGGGACAGGCGUUUGAGGUGGCCUAUCAGAUGGCGAUCCAGUCCAGGGCAAGACAAUAUGUGCCCCCUUCAUCUCUGGGCUCAGAGGUCAUAGAGACCAAAACCAGCCGUCCUGUAUCUCAGUCGUGGAGCAGCAUGCGGAGAUCAGCAGGUGCCCCUCUGCUCGAAUGCCGCUGCUGUCACUGUCACACGUGUACUACCCACCGUCCUUCCUUCCUCCCGUUGCACUCUGUUAGCCCUGGAGUCCAGAUCGACCCCCUGGAGAUGGACGCAGACAUGCAGUCCCUGGGCAGCACCACCUGGCUCUUGGACCAGCGGGACUCCAACCGGCGCCCCGUCAGCACCAAGUACGAGACCACCAUAUUCUGAGGCCGGAUCCCCACAGCCGCCCCUCUGCACCCCCCUCGUACUUUCCUCUUCCUCUGCAUCCGGUUCUCCAUUUAUCUCUCUCUCACACAUACACACAUACACUAAUACACACACAUGCACACACACACACACACACACACACACUUACAUACAUAUACACACACACACACACACACACACACACACACACAUAUAUAUGUACACACACACACAAACACACACACGCACACACAUACAUAUAUGUAUACACACACACACACACACACACACACACAUAUACAUACAUGCGAGCCCCGUGCCUUCUCACUGUGAUGGUAUAGCACCCCUCAGGGCUGCCUACUCCUGCACCCUCCUUUGCCCCGACCCAGCGACCCACACCAACCUCCUACCCGCCAUGACAAACACUCCUGCAGCUCUCCCGUGCCUCCCCAACACCCCUGGCAGCCUCCCUCGCCCGUUGCUGCUGCAGCCAAUGGUGGAGCCCUGGAACGGAUGAUCCUGGACUGAUCUCAUUUUACAGUGGCCCUGCUCUCUCAACCAAACUGCCUCUUCCUCCUCAUCCUCCUCUUCCUGACAACUUGCAUCUGCCUCCAAAUCCCCGAUAGCUCCCAGAGGUUGCAUCUUUAUUAUUCUUCCUCUUUCAGGCCAUUUUUUAAAAAAGAAAAGAAAAGAUUCUAAACAGGCAAAACAAGCAUGAUCAUUUUUAUUUUGCUCUGUAUCUAGUUUCUUCAUUGGCUUGACACAACAGCAAGUUUUAGAGUUUUAAGAAACGUUAAGUUUAUAAUAUUGAGUAAAUUACAAGGUUUUAUUAGUCAUACCAAAGGGGCCAGUGAGUCAAAGAAAAAGUUUGACAUUUUGGGAAAUGCGCUUAUUUGCUUUGUUGCAGAGAGUUAUUGGAAAGAUCGAUACCAGUGUCAAGUCCGUACAGCAAAUAUAAAGCUGCAGCCUAGCAAAAAGACUGGAGACGGGGGAAACGGCUUCCCUGGUUUCUGUCCAAAGGUAACAAAACCACCUUCCGGCACCUCUAAAACUCACUAACAUGUUCUCUCUCGUUUGUUUUAUCCAUACAAAAACCUCCUGUAAAACAGUAUGAAACAAAUGUGAUACAUGCGAAUUAUCGAGCUUAAGAGGUGUGAUAGGGGGAUUUUGGUACCUUCAACAGAGCCAGGCUGUUCCCACCCGUUUCCAGUGUUUGUACAAAUCAAGUUAGCCAGCUGCUAAUGGUUGUUUUACAUAUAUGGCACCAAUUUAAGAUCAUCUAACUCUAGGCAAGAAAGCAAAUAAGUGUUUUCCUCAAAAUGUAAACGUUCCUGUAGCAGGACCCUUUGAUAUCUCACAGACAGAAGACUUAAACUCCAGAUCUGUAAAAAUAAGAGAAUGAUAUUUUUUGGGUUUUUUUUUUUCCGUAUUUAUUUUUAUUUUUAAUUCAUUGUCUUAUUUGAUUGUUUUGCCUCAAGACAGUUAUUUUUUUUCUUUCUCCAUCUGUAGCCUGUCCUGUCUUACCAGGCAUCUACCACUGUGAGGCACUAUGAGGAGGCUGCUUUGCUAGCAUGGGAUGCAAGACGGACAAUUAAUCAAUGAAAGACAAAACAGCAACAUGCAGCAAACAACCUGUUUUUUUUUUUUUGUUUUUUUUUCUACGCAUUUGUACAAUACCCAUAAUAUCAACACGAUGGAUGGUUCAUGAAUCUAUCACUGAUGUCUGAACUCAAACGGACCAAGAACUACUGAACCCUCGUACAAAAACACACACAGGAGGACAAGUUUCCUACACUUUACCGAGGACAACAGCCUUACUUCAUUUCGGGAUAUCUAUAAUCAAUUAAAGCCCCCUCCCCUCCCCCCACCUUCCCAUCUUACCCUCAACCUCCCCGAACACCACCACCAUCCAACAACUGCACGCCUUCCCCUGCUUCUAAAAGACUAAGAAAAAAAUAGACAACACUUCUAAUCUCCUGGUGUAUUAAAUUGACUGUGACUGGCUGGGAUGACGUUGUUCUUUUGAUGGUACAGUUUUGUCCAGAUGAGAGUCUUUGCUCUGGCCUUGUACUGCCCUGUGCCUCUCAGCAUUCAUGGUAGCACCGAGAGACUGCAAAUCACAGCAUCUUCUUCUUGUCAAUUUAAAAGGAAAAAAAAAAAAAAAACGGACAAAAAAAACAAAAAAAAAACAAAAACACUGUGUUAAAACAUGGCACUAUCCCUUUUAAUACCUUCUUUUCUUUUUCUUACGGUGCAUAUAGGACAUUAGUGCAUUUUGUGAUACUUUUUGAUAGACGGGGGCUGACUGAAAUACUUUGGGACAGAAUGAGUAAGAAGGGAUUAUGAAGGGAUCCCGACAUUAAUACAACCAGAGGCAAAAAACAAAAAGAAUACUACCAAAAAAAAUAAAAAUAAAACAUGCAUAUGGAGUGUGUUGACAUUGGUUCCACAUGUCACAAUUUUGGUAAUUUAAACGAAAACAUCCUCAACAAGAUUUAAUUUAACUCGAGUAUAUUAAUGAGCCCUGAGCACAAUUUGGCGCACAUUUCCCAACAUAGCAUCUUAUUAUCAUGAUUACAUGGGUAGGUAUCCAUGCUGUUUCACACCAAUUUAGAAUUAGGUACACUACACGCAAAGUAUGUCACUUGAAAAUAAACGGCAGUGAAAAGAUUUAAUUCCACUACAUUAAAAGAGCCAAGCCUAAAUGUUGCUCUGGUGUGAUGUUAAUGCGAAUGGAUUUGUUAUGCUGAGAACGUGACACUUUUUUUUUUUUUUAAGAAUUUUCCUCCUUCCUGCACUGUGACUCAGAAAUGCUCUUUGUGGAGUCGACACAUAUCUGUGGGUUCUCCUCUGUGUGCACUACCUGCUGUGCGUGCUGUAUGCCUUGUUUGUCUGUCCUCAUGGGAGUGUGGACUGUUACCGUUACAUCACUGGCCACUGUCCUUGUUUGUGUGUGCUGCUGCAGGAGACGUGAGGUUUUGAGCUCCUCUCCAGAAGACGGUGUGUCUGGAGACUGACUGUUAAGAUGUAACCGGUCUGUGUGCGGUACCGUGGCUGUGUCAUUGCCACUCUGUUCUGACUGUUAAUUGUUAGCUUCCACUGACUGAUGCAUGUUGGCAGUGUUUUUUGUGUUUUGUACCCUUUGAUGCACUUGGCCUGAGCAGUCGUUGUUUGUACUGUAGCAGUGUCUCGUCUCCUCUCACUCAUCUGCCAUUUGCUUUUUAUGUUCCCGCUCUUUGUUACACACCAAUACAGCGAUUCAUCUUCAUCCUUCCUCCAUGUUUCCAUUGUCGUCACUCCUCCAACAUUUUUGUCACGUAUGUUCUUCCAUUUUGUGUGUCACCAAGACAACCUGCUCUAGUAUGGAUGCAUAAUAUAAAAGCAUUACACUUUAAUGAGCAGCAGCUAUUUAAAGCAAGUUUUGGUGGCAUGUUAUGGCUGUGCAUGUACCAGUCUUUUUAACAUUGGUGUUUUCCUUGUGUAGCUCACCCCAGCGUUCAAGUUUCCGGAUACCAAGCUGUGAGUUGAAGGGGAGCAGCCGAUGUGAGUGUGUUUUGCGUGUGUUGAGUUAGUGGGCAGAGCAGUGGAAAAGAGAUAGAGAAAAUGAGAGGUAAGCCUUACGCAACGUGCAGGGCCAACAAGCGCUACUCUGACAUUUAGAUCUCACUCUGUAUAUCCCCUGCUCCUCCACUGCCCCUGAAAUGAAUCCCAACACACUGACAAAAGGUAACCUGUUGUCCCACAUCACUGGCUAAACAGGACCGGGGUUUCACUCCUGUCUUGAGAAAGGUCAGUCAGAAAGGUCAAGUCUAAUUCCUGGCCUCCAUGUGACUUUCUGAUCUUGUCAUGUAGGUACUGUAAUGUUUAGAGCACUGUAGACCAUUAAUGAUAUAGACCAUUAAUGAGCAUUUCUAUUGAUUCAGGUCUAUUGGAGAUAGUAACUGUGGGGAUUAUUAAAGGAUAAAGAGAAAUGUAACAAAAUGUAGAGAAAAAAAAAAAAAAACUGUACCAGCAUACAAUGCUUUGCCCAUGUUUGUGGACAGAGUAUGGUUUGUCAAUGAAAAUGUGAUACUGUUUAAAAUUUCAAAGCAAUAUUAUAUUAAUGAAAUUAAAUAAUACAAUGACAAAAGAAUCCCUCUCAAGUCUGUUGUCAGCAUUGAUUUUGUUUAAUGGUUGGGUAAUAAAAGAUAAAGAAGAAACAUUACACCAGCUGUUUAAAAUUUAAAGUGACAAUUAUAACAACAUGAUAAUUAUUGUAAAAUUACAGUGUUUCCCCUACAAUAGAGAUUAGUGGGUGGUAAAACUUUUUAAACAAUCAGUCCAGGUUUGUGCCUCUCAUGUAUUAUAUUACAUUCAAGUCACAAGAGUUAAGCAUCGAAUUUUCUAAAGUCAGGUGCCUGGCGAUCUUUAUCACACUGCUGAUGGUAUUGUAUCUUCACAAACUCUUCUAACCAUCUGGACAAAAAGAAAAAAAAACAUUGUUGCAUGAUUAAAUACAGAUUUUCAACCCAUUUCCCCAAAUUAUGGCUCUCCUAAACCAAAGAAAAGCAGUAGCAGGACAUGUCCUUGCUUGAUUUGUACGAUGUGUAAAAAAGUCACACCGUUAUAUAUCAGUUACAUUUGUUUAAGAUAAUGUUUCUGUCAAUUGUAUUAUGUUUUUACACACAAUUCUGCAUUGGUAUUUUUCUUGUGCUCCACUGAAUGUAGAGAUAUGAUACCUGAAUUACUAAUUGAGUUGAGUGAUAUGGGAAACGGGUU